AUGAAAGACCCGGAACAUGAUGAUCCAGAUACUCUAGGGGGCGAAGGGUCGAAUGAAAAUGAAAAUGAUAGUGCUGAAGAAAAAAGGGAACAGGCGCGAAAAAAGCGGCAAUACGUAUUAAUGGAGCUUGUUGAAACCGAAAGGGAUUACGUCCGUGACCUUAGUUCUGUUGUUGACGGUUAUAUGGCAAAUCUGGAAUCAAUGGAUCUUCCAGAAGAUUUAGUGGGAAAGGAUAAGAUAAUAUUUGCAAACAUUGCUCAAAUCUUAGAGUUCCAUAAAACGACAUUCUUGAGCGAGAUUGAAAAGUGCCUUAACAAUUAUGAAGCUGCGGGUGAAGCUUUUGUUAAAUAUGAGAGGCGGUUACAUAAUAUUUAUGUAAAAUAUUGCCAAAAUAAACCGAAAUCAGAUUAUCUUGUUGGUCAGGAAGAUUUUGAGCAGUUCUUUGCUGAGACAAAACAAAAGUUAGGUCACAAAGUGGCAUUGAGCGACCUCUUGAUAAAGCCAGUACAGCGUAUUAUGAAAUACCAGCUGCUUCUUAAAGAUAUCAUGAAAUAUACAGAAAGAGCAGGCGAUCGUAUGGAUGUGCUCAAAAGGGCUUUACAGGUCAUGCAUGUUGUACCGAAAGCAUGUGAUGAUAUGAUGCAGGUAGGGAGGUUGCAGAACUUUGAUGGAAAUCUCACAGCUCAAGGAAAGCUAAUUUUCCAGGGGACACUGGCAAUCUCAGAUAACGCUCCAUCUCAGCCUUUCAAAGGGAAAGAUAGAAGGAUUUUUUUGUUUGAGCAGUCUGCAAUUAUUGCUGAUUGCAUUAUGCCGAAGAAGGAAUUUGGUAAUCCAACAUAUAUUUUUCGCAAUCAAAUCAUGGUGAAUAAGAUGGUAUUAGAGGCGAAUCUGCCCGAUGAGCCAUUGCGUUUCAUUAUUCGCAGCAGUGACCCUGCUCAACCAAACGCAUUCUUGUGCCAAACAAAUACGCUAGAGGAAAAAGAGGAGUGGAUUGAAAAGAUUAACAGCCAGCUUGAUCAGCAAAAACGGCUGUUGGCUGCUUUAGUUAAUCCUAAAGGCUUUAUCGAUCAAUCGUUAUCAAAGGGAAUGAAUAAACUUUCCUUGGAGGGAUCAGGAGACAAGAAGCAGAAAUCUCGUCUUAUGGGGAAGGGGAAGGAUGUUUCUAGUCCUUCUUCUGCACAGCAAAAUUCAUCAUCAUUACUUAUUUCACCAAAGCACAGCCAAUCAAGUAAGUCCUCAAAGUUAUUUGGGUUUGGUAAAAAAUCUUCGAAUUCUACGAGUAAUAAAUCGCCAUCACAAGCGAUGGGUAAACUGAAGUAAAA